ACGGGAUGACAAACAAUCACUUUGGCAACUUAUCAGGUAUGAUACGAAUGCACCGUACUUUAGACAAUACGAGUUGCUUGGAGCGCCACCUCGCCCAAUUUGUCGGUAUUUUUUGGAUAUGAGAAAGGCAGAAGGCCAGCAGACAGCUGCCAUAGCGGUGCGUUCGUGCCAAUUGUGAUAAUUUCGCAGCGCCCUUGGCCGCAUACGGGAAUGGCGACCCCUCCCGAUGUCAUCCCUUCGCUUGAAGCGGCCGUGGAUACCAAUUUUAAGUUCAAUUACGGUUCCACUUUCGGCGUUCCUGAUGAGAUAGGCUGUUACUCAGUCAAAGGCGAGCAGCGGGAGUACGACAGCACUCCCUGCAACAGGAUGCAUUUGCGCGCUGAUAUAAAGGAGAAAGGAAAGAAGUGGAACACGCCUGAUUGGGAUGUGUAUGAAGGAUUUGGCGACAGAGUGUGGAGGGACUGGACAAAGGAUGACGACCUGGAACAUCUCCUUAGAUGGGUACUUUCCAACAAAGACAAGGUGAUGUCCCCUCCUGCUCCAGACUCGACACCGGAUUUCAUCUGCAGCCGUGAAGUUCUCAAGGCGUUUAUGUGCACUCCUUUCUGUCCCACCGAUGAAUGGCGUGUGGCAGCGCGUCUCCAUAAAGGCGUGGUCUACCUUCGCAACAUUGUGUUGGAGACCGAGAAAGAAAGAUUUAGCAAAGAGCUCCAAGGAAGUAAGCCGCCAGGCUGGAAUGGCAGUUUCCACCGGCGCAUGACCACAACCCUCAGGAUUGUCUUCGAGGCCGAAGUGAUGGCCGUCUGCCCCUCCCCUGAAUCCAAGGAAGGCCCACUAUAUCAGUACGUGGAAUUCAGAGCACGACAAGACUUCGACGGCAGUUUAAAGAAAGAGAACUUCUACAGAAGAGCAAGGGAGUUGGAAGAGGACGUGGCGAGCGGAAGGUUGUCACCGGACUGGGCGCUGAAGAUGGGCAGUCGGGUUUCGGACCCGAGCCAAGAAGACUUCAACUGGCUAGGGCCUCCUGUCGUUGCGUUCCCGUGCAAGAGGACCGUAGCCAUCCGGUCGUCAACUCCAGCCCAAGGCCUGCGGACUUCGGUGCCGACAGGCAAGCAGCAGCAGUUGGGCUACGGGCCCGAGCUGUGCGUCGAGCGUCUGACCAUCUCUUCUCUGGUUUCUCAACUGGGCGCCCAACCACCACCGCUCUCUUGUCGUCACCAGUAA